CUUGCAGAUCGUACUGAGAAGCGCUGCACGAUGCCAGACUCACCUGUGGAUGUAAAGACGCAAUCCAGGUUGACACCUCCAACAAUGCCCCCUCCCCCAACGACACAGGGAGCUCCAAGAACCAGCUCAUUCACACCCACAACAUUAACAAAUGGCACAAGUCAUUCACCAACAGCACUGAAUGGAGCUCCAUCCCCUCCUAAUGGCUUUAGUAAUGGACCUUCGUCCUCCUCCUCUUCCUCGUUGGCAAAUCAGCAGUUGCCUCCAGCAUGUGGUGCGCGGCAGCUCAGUAAAUUGAAGCGAUUCCUUACCACAUUACAGCAGUUUGGCAAUGACAUUUCACCAGAAAUUGGGGAAAGAGUCCGCACACUUGUGCUUGGAUUAGUGAAUUCUACGCUGACAAUUGAAGAAUUUCAUUCCAAACUGCAAGAAGCGACCAACUUUCCACUCCGACCCUUUGUCAUCCCAUUUUUGAAGGCCAAUCUGCCUCUGCUGCAGCGAGAACUUCUGCACUGCGCAAGACUUGCCAAGCAAAACCCAGCCCAAUACCUGGCUCAGCAUGAGCAGCUGCUCCUGGAUGCCAGCACCACCUCGCCUGUUGACUCAUCAGAGCUGCUUCUUGAUGUGAAUGAAAAUGGGAAGAGGAGAACUCCUGAUAGAACCAAAGAAAAUGGCUUUGACAGAGAGCCUUUGCACUCAGAGCAUCCAAGCAAGCGGCCGUGCACUAUAAGCCCUGGCCAGCGGUUCAGUCCAAAUAAUGGCCCUACCCCACCACCACCUCAGCAUUACCGUUUGGAUGAUAUGGCAAUUGCCCACCACUACAGGGACUCAUACAGACACCCCAACCUCAGGGACAGAAACAGACCUAUUGGGUUGCCAGCAGCACGUCAAGAAGAAAUCAUAGACCAUAGACUAACAGACAGAGAGUGGGCAGAAGAAUGGAAGCACCUUGAUCACCUUUUAAACUGCAUAAUGGAUAUGAUAGAAAAAACAAGACGAUCCCUCACUGUGCUACGGAAAUGUCAGGAAGCAGAUCGCGAAGAGCUCAAUUACUGGAUCAGGCGGUACAGUGAUGCCGAGGAUUUAAAAAAAGGUAGCAGCAGCACCAGCCAUUCCAGACAACAGAGUCCAGUGAAUCCAGAUGCUGUCCCCCUAGAGUCACAUCGGGAAUUCCUUCAUAGGCCUGCUUCUGGAUAUGUGCCAGAGGAGAUUUGGAAGAAAGCGGAAGAAGCAGUAAACGAGGUGAAAAGACAGGCUAUGGCAGAAUUACAGAAAGCAGUGUCUGAAGCAGAAAGAAAAGCCCAUGAAAUGAUUACGUCAGAACGAGCAAAAAUGGAAAGAACAGUGGCAGAAGCAAAGAGGCAAGCUGCAGAGGAUGCACUGUCUGUUAUUAAUCAGCAGGAAGACUCAAGUGAGAGUUGCUGGAACUGCGGACGGAAGGCGAGCGAAACUUGCAGUGGCUGCAACACCGCCCGGUAUUGUGGAUCUUUUUGUCAGCACAAAGACUGGGAGAAACACCACCACAUCUGUGGACAGACUAUUCAAGCCCAACAGCAGGGGGAGACACCAGCAGUCAGUUCCUCGGUUACGCCCAGCAGUGGUGCAGGAAGCCCCAUCGACACACCACCAGCAGCCACACCACGGUCUACUACUCCCGGCACACCCAUCCACCCUAGAGACAGCUGCCCGUUAAAGAAAUAA